AGAAGGCGCAGCUGCAACUUAGCCUAGAACCUUUGAGCCUGGGCUCAGCCGGGGAUCGAGCUGCCGUCACUGCGGAGCCGCUGCUUCCUCGGCCCGGGCCUCAGCCCAGCUGGCUUGGCCAUGGCAGCCGCCGCCACUGCGGCGAAUCUGGCCCCUGCGCUCCCCGCCCAUCGCUGAGCAGCCGUUAACCAGCCCGCCCGGCCGCUCUCUCUUCCUCCUGCCGGUGUCGCCGCGGCCCAGGUUCCGCACAAGUUUCCGCCGCUGAAGAAGCAGGAGGCGAAGGCCGGGGAGGACGAACGUAGGGAAUCGGGCGCCCCCGGCCCACCCGGCCCUCCUGCCCGCGAUGUGGGGGCGCUUGCUGGCCCCGGAGGCCGGCUGCCGGGACAGCCCCGGCGGAGUCCGCAGCUUCCCCGCCGGCUCAGAUUAUUCAUCAGCAUGGUUACCUGGGAAUGAAUCACUAUGGCAGGCCACAACUGUUCCAUCUAACCAUCGAAAUAACCAUAUCAGGAGACAUAGUGUAGCUUCUGACAGUGGAGACACCGGCAUUGGAACUUCCUGUUCUGACAGUGUUGAAGAUCAUUCAACUUCAAGCGGCACAUUAUCUUUUAAGCCUAGUCGAUCAUUGGUUACUCUUCCUACUGCCCAUGUGAUGCCAUCUAACUCCAGUGCUUCCAUUUCCAAACAUAGGGAAUCAUUGGCAUCAGAUGUCUCAAAAUGGAGUACAAGCCUCAUGCAAACACUGGAAAACCACAGUAGCGGGGAGCAGGACUCUUCACUAGAUAUGAAGGACUUCCAUCCUCUUCGGAAAUGGUCAUCUUUAUCCAAACUCACUGCCAUGGAUAACUGCUGCCAGGGUGGCACUGUACACACAGAAGAGUCGAGGAAUGGUUUGGAAAAGACAGGGAGGGGCAAGGCUUUAACAUCAGAACUAAGGACAAGUGGGCCUGGCUGCAUACAUGAUAGCAUGGAGAUGCUUAAGCUGGGGGACAAGGAAGUAAAUAAAAAGCGGUCAUCAACUCUGGACUGCAAGUAUAAAUUUGAGAGCUGUAGCAAAGAGGACUUUAAAGCCUCUCCCUGUGCUCUUACGAGACAGACCUUAGACAUGACAUAUAGUGCCUUACCUGAAAGCAAACCUAUUAUGAUGAGCUCAGAGGCAUAUGAAUCUCCAAAAUACUUAAUGCUUGGUCAGCAGGCAGUAGGUGGAGUUCCCAUUCAGCCUUCUGUGAGGACUCAGAUGUGGCUUACAGAACAGUUGCGGACAAACCCUUUGGAAGGUAGAACUACAGAGGACUCUUAUAGUUUAGCUCCUUGGCAACAGCAGCAAAUUGAAGAGUUUCAACAAAGAAGUGAAACACCAAUGCAGGUUUUGAAUGGAUCAUCUCGUCAAAGUUACUCACCUUCUGGCUUUCAGGAUUUCAGUAAGUGGGAAUCAGUGCUGAAAAUAAAGGAAGGACUUCUAAGGCAGAAAGAGAUUGUAAUUGAUCGACAGAAGCAACAAAUUACCCACCUACAUGAGAGGAUAAGGGAUAACGAAUUACGAGCACAACAUGCCAUGUUAGGACAUUAUGUAAAUUGUGAGGAUUCUUAUAUGGCUAGUUUGCAGCCACAAUAUGAAAACACUUCACUCCAGACUCCAUUUUCAGAGCAGCCAGUGUCCCAUUCCCAGCAAGACGAACUUGAGCACAAGCUUGCAUCUACUGAGAAAGAGGUUUUACAGCUCAAUGAGUUUCUCAAACAGAGAAUAAGCCAAUUUAGUGAAGAGAAGAAGAAACUGGAGGAAAAGCUUAAAACCAGAGACAGAUAUAUCAAUAGCCUGAAAAAGAAGUGCCAGAAAGAAUCUGAACAAAACAAAGAAAAACAGAGAAGAAUUGAGACCCUGGAAAAGUAUCUGGCUGAUCUUCCAACUCUAGAUGAUGUGCAGAGUCAGAGUCUACAGCUACAAGUUCUAGAAGAAAAAAAUAAAAAUUUGCAAGAAACUUUGAUAGAUACAGAAAAAAAGCUUGAAGAGAUCAAAAAACAGUGUCAAGAUAAAGAGGCACAGUUAAUAUGCCAGAAAAAGAGAGAAAAGGAGUUAGUAACUACUGUUCAGAGUUUGCAACAAAAAGUAGAAAAAUGCCUUGAAGAUGGAAUUCGCCUUCCCAUGUUAGAUGCAAAACAGCUUCAGAAUGAAAAUGAUAAUCUCAGAGAACAAAAUGAGACUGCUAGUAAGAUAAUAAACAGCCAACAAGAUGAGAUUGACAGAAUGAUUUUAGAAAUUCAGUCUAUGCAAGGGAAACUUUCUAAAGAGAAAUUGACCGCCCAAAAGAUGAUGGAAGAGCUGGAAAAGAAAGAAAGAAACCUACAGAGAUUAACAAAAGUAUUGCUAGAAGACCAAAGACAAACAGAAGAGACGUGCUCUUUAUUGGAUCAGGACCAGGAAGCAGACCAGUCUAGGCAGCCGACAAUUCUUUCCAAAUGGCCACUGUUUGAUUUGAAUGUGAUUGAUCAGCUGUUCAAGGAAAUGUCCUAUUGUUUGUUUGACUUGAAAGCAUUAUGUAGUAUUCUUAAUCAGCGUGCUCAGGGCAAAGAGCCCAAUCUUUCAUUAUUACUGGGAAUCAGAUCAAUGAACUGUUCAGCUGAAGAAACUGAGAAUGACCAUAGCCCAGAAACACUCACUAAAAAACUGUCAGAUGUCUGCCAGCUACGGAGGGACAUUGAUGAAUUAAGGACUACAAUAUCAGACCGCUACGCUCAGGACAUGGGAGACAACUGCAUUACCCAGUGAUCAAGUGUUGGUUCCACAGCAAUAGUGACCCAUUCUUAAAUGCUGCUGUGUGACAGUUCUUCAUAUUUCUGUUUAGGAGCCAUAAUGGAAAGUUGCAAGUGACAUAUGACUUGCACACGUAGGUUUCUUCCCUGUGAAUUUGUUUUAUUGAGGGGAAAAGGGAAUGUCAGGAGAUUUUGAAGGGGCUUAUCUAAUCAGGCAAAAAAAAUCAAAUUACCAUUUGAAAAAUGUGAUAAAGUCCACAAGAAAAAAAAAAUCUGAAAAUACAAACUACUGAUUGUAGGACCAAGCUGUGAAGCGUGCCCUUUGGAUAAAGGGGUAGGAUUUCUUUUAAUCCUGUAGUUUUUUUUUUUUUUUUGGUGUGUGUGUGUGUGUGUGUGUGUGUGUGUGUGUGUGUGUGCAUGUAUGUGUGUUUUGUGUCUGCAUAUAAUGUGUUUAUGUGUGCUUUAUUCACAAAAUUAUAAGGGUCAAAGCAAAGCUGAAAAUGGCACACACUGUUUAUUUCUUUCAUAUAAAACCUUGUGUUGUACUUUGGGAUUUUCAAGGGCUGGCUGAACAAGAAUUUCAACAGCAGACAAGUCUUCUAAUAGUAUACAGCAGGCAAAUCAUUUGUAUUUUGAACAAUCACUGAGGUUGUGGAGUUGGGUUGAUUUUAGUACUGUAGAUAGGUCUGCUGUUUUUCCAGAAUGAUUGUGGAUUGCCUUAGAGGUGUGAAAUUUUGAUGUCAUGAUCUUUUUCAUUAGCAUUGUAAUUUAUGUAUUAUAAGGAAGUUUAAAAUAACUUGAGCUAAUUUUUAAUAUGUCUGUUACUAUUUACAGUUUUUAAAUUUAUUUAUCAGUGUAAACAAAGCCAUAUACAAUUAAUACAAACCUUUUAAGGCCUCAGUUCAUUAAUGCAGAAGAAAGAUGAAUAAAGUGACUCUGGAACAGUAGCUUAUUUAUCCAAAUCCCAACAUUUACAUUUUAACAGUUAUGUAUCUGUUUUAAAGUUGAAACUACUUUAAGAGAAAGCCAAUAGGUAUUCUUUAUAUCUGAAUUAACACUAGCAUGAGACAAAAUCUAAACCUAGAUGGUAUUUUAAUUUGUUUUACAAGAUAAAGUACCUUGGGUUUUUCAUAGAAUGUGAACUUGGCCAGGUUAGUUGUUCAUCAGGAAUACAGGGUAUUACUGUGAAAUACAACUGAUUUUUAAGUAGUCAGCACAAUCAUGUAAACUUCCAAAUGAGUAUUGUCCAUGUUUCAGUUGGUAUUUUGGAAGGACUAUGUAUUUUAUUACCCUGCGAGCAUUCAUUACAUUCUUUUGAAUAUACUUUGUUAUGGCAAAACAUUGCCCUUUAUAAGUUGGUUUGAUUUCUUGGUACAACCAACUCUCAUUUAUAUAAAGACUAAAUAAGAGAGGAAUAAAGGGUGUAAAUCAAGCAGGAAAAUAUUGUUUUGGUAGAGAGCAGAUCACAUGCCUGUUUUCUUGCUGCUCCUAGAAAAGAUUUUUCUUAUAUAUUUUCAAAAAUGAAAACCCGUAGGACAAGGCCUUCAAGGAAAUUCCACAGGAAGAUACUCAGUUCAGAUUGUUGGUUAUAUACAGCUCUCAAUAUGUUACUUUAUAUUUAUAUUUCAACAGUCAGUUAUAAUAUAUUGUAAAGACAUCAGAUUUCCCUUCUGCUCAGUGCCUGAGUCCUCCCUGCUCUUCUUAUGUCUUAGGAUCUGAGCUCUAAGAAAUCAGUGCAUUGUAGUGAUUCUGCAUCCCAAAGUCCCUAACCUAAGGAGGGACUUAGUCGCUGGUAAGAACUUGGCUUUCUAAUAUGUUCAUUUUUUUUUUAAUGUUAAUGGUUUGAAGACAAUCAGAGAGUAGUAAAUUUGUACCACGAAUUUGAUGUAAAGAAUUUUGCCUUGCAAAAAUUAAUAUCUGAGAAAAUGUCCCUUUACAGUAAAAUAGAUAAUAUCUACAUUAAUCAGCUACAAGUGCAGCAAACAACAUUUUUACAUUCUCUGUGAGUAGAAUGCCCCCCCCCAUGAUUUUGUAAAUAAUGGCACCCUAAAAUAAUAGAACUUAAUGGGCAAGCAAUCACUGAUUUGGGUCAGUAGAUUCUUACUUAAAUAUCUACUAGGGCAUUCAGUAUAUAUUUUGGGAUUUUAUGGUUGUUGUUUUAAACAAAACUAUGGUCAUUUGUUUUAACCUAUGGUAGAUGCAUUUUUGUUUUCUGGACUAGUUGGGAUAAAAUAAUUUGUAUUUGUUUUAGUAAGUUAGUUUUUAAAACUUACAGAAUUUAACUUAAUUCACAUAUCCUGAAGUAAAAUUUUUUUAAUUUAGUAGGAAAUUAACAAACUACUGCUGAUGCAUUUUAGUUUCCAAGAUGUAUACUCCCCAUAAAAAAAGGGAGUUAAGAUGUGAUAGUUUCAGUAUAAUCUUGAAUUACAAAAUUUAAUCUCUUGGAAUCUGGAGUUUGCCAAGGGGCCUUGAUAAUAAGUAGGCAGCCUUGGAGGGAAUUUUGGAGUAGGGGGAGGAUGAAACCAUGAGUAUUCUAAUUUGUUAGUAUUUAAUUUUUGAAUUUUCUGAAAAUUCCUCUUUCUCAAGAUACCCUCUUGUGUUAAAACAGUACUAAUAUUCAUAUCACAUUGAAAGCAAUCAUUUUACUAGUAAUGUGAUUUUACUAUUAGGCCAGUAAGAUGGGAAAAUAUCAACAAUGUAGCGUCUCAUUCCAGUUUAAACUAGGAUAUUCAUGGAAAUUUUUUCAGUGAUACAUGCCUGAAGUGAAAAUUAACCUAACUUUUACAGUAAAUCUAUUUGGAAAAUUCCUUAGAUAAUGAAACCUCUUUUUAAUUAUGCUUUUGUGAAUUAAAUGCUUAUCCUCUUAGGAAGUGUCUCAUGCAAUAUUAACAUUUAUUAUUUUUGGUCUUUUGGGUUUUGAAGUUGAGCUGCUACCCCAGUCACAUUACAGCAGGGAUAAAGCAGCAGUUGUCUCAAUAAAAGACCAAAAUUACCUCUACAGGUGAAAUUAACUGAAUCAGAGGCACAAUAGUUGUCUUCUCAUUUGAUAUCACAAAAAAUAGGGUGGCUUUAGUUAAACUGUUAGUAAAUUUCCAGUGGCCUCUAAUUUUAAAAAGUGUAAGUAUUGACUAGGUAAGAUAUGCCUGAAUUUAUUUUAAAAUAAGUGUGGCCCCUUUUUACAUUUGAGAUGGGAUUCAGUAUUUAAUGUUAACAGUAUUAUAUUUUAGUGAAACUUAUUUUGGUUGUGACAGUUUGUUGAACUGAAUUAGACUUCUUUCAAUUGCUUCUUAGAGACAGUCUCAAGGGCUGGAAAGUGUUACUAAAAUGAAUAUUGUUCAUUUCUGACUUACUAAUGACCUUACAAAUUAAUUUUGUCAUAGUGCAAGACUUAUUAAUAAGAAUCUCUCAGAGGAUAUUUUUAAAGGAACUACUUUAUUGGGAAAAUGUUCUUUAAAUAUUAGUAAUAGUUCAUUGAGUAAUGCAGUAGCUGAGAACCUGGACUAUAUUUUUACAUAGCAUAGUUCAGUUCAGGCACACCUUUAGUUUGAAUUAUUGGCAUUCUCUUAUAUAGAUUUCUAUCAUUAUAGAUAUUGUAAUUACAGUAAGAAGCAAUUCUCAUAACCGUGCUCACUCAGACUAUAUCAUUUGAAACUACCAAUAGCUGUAGCUCUCAGAGCCAAAGUUAAUUCAUUUUGUUUCCAUUUUUGACGGUUCUUUUCGGUGUUCACAAAACAAGUGAAACAAUUUCCUAUUUAGAAAAAAGACUAAAAUUUCUAAAUUUGCCCCAGAAUUCCAUGGGUGGUAUAUUGCCGUAUGAUUAUAUCAUACAUUUAAUUAGGAUUUUUUUGUAUUUAAAAGAAAUGUUGACUAUAAUAAGAAUGUAGUUUCAAAUCAAUAAGUCUCUAUCAGCACUAUUGAAGCUGCACACAGAGAGAAACUUUUGUGCCUUUUUGCCUGCAGUAAGCAUUCAUUUCUAUUUUAUAUGAGCUAUAAGAAUGUUGGUGAUAAUAGCACCUUGUUCUGUAAAUAGACUUGGUUAAGAAUUUUUUUUUUUAAGCAAGGAAUAGUGUAGUUUUUCAUUACUAGGUGGAUGCCUCAGUAAACAUGACAGGAGGUAUCAGAUAUAUGACUUUGGAGCCCAUUCUUCUCUGUAUAGUAAGUGGGAAACUCUUUUGGAAUAUAUCCAUUUGUGUGUAUGUGUGUGUACAUAUAUGUAUAAAUAGUUAUUUAAAUACAUGAACAUAAAAUUCAGCAUCACAUUGGUGUGAUGACAAGAAAUUGUAAGGUGCUAGGUGGUUAUUUUAAAAGCACAGCAGAGUGUAUCAUCAGUCACUAUGACUGGUGGUUUUUGUAAACUAGGUUCAGUUUUUGAACCACCCGGAAUACCUCAUGUGUAAAUAGAAUGUUCAUGACUUAAUUGAAAUACAGUUAUUGUGAGAAGAAUGUGAAGCCACUGGUUGGCUUAUGCCUUCUAAUCUAUCAUUCUUGCCUCUUUAUUUGUAAAGGGGUUGUUUUUGUUUUUGUUUUGUAAUAGGGUUUACAGCUAGAAUUUUGAAUGCCAAAGUUCUAUUUAUUAAAUUAAGAAAAAAGUUUUCAAUGUUAAUGGCUAGUAUUUUUCCAC